AUGGAGGACGUUCGCUUGAGCUGUUCGUCACCUAAAAGAAUCUGGUUGAAAUAUGGUGACGGCCGACCGGUUAGCCUCAUGUUUGACGGAGAUAUUGUGGACGACUUGGUAGAAGUGGUUAAGAAAGAGUUGCCAAAUGAGUUGGACGACAGCUUUAAUAACAGCUCAAAGACACCUCUCAAGCUUAUUGUGAAUGCACCUGCGCCCAAUAAGAGAAACAGAAAAUCCGAAGAAACGUCCCCUCAUGAGCAAUACAUGGGAGACCUCAAGCGCAUCAAAAAAUCUCCCAGUGAAAUGGUAAAGAAAUUCAAUAAGGCCAUUCAGCGACAAGAUAGAACGGAAGAACUUGGAUUGACUCCUGAUGUUGUUGAGUCGGCAAAGAAAUCCUUGUUCAAAUUCGCCCAAAUGGAUGAGGAACAUGUAGAACCCGAAUCUAGUGAAGUCGUCGUUCAGGAAAACGUGCCACUUGACAAAUUUCUGAAAUAUGGUGAUGGCCGACCGGUUAGCCUCAUGUUUGACGGAGACGAU